CCUACUUUCGUUUUCAGUUCUUGUAAAAUGUAAACAAAUACUUGCACGAGACGCCUCUAACAUUUGCAGUGUUUUCUCUAGAUCACCGGCAAACUGAGAGACAAUAUGGCAUCCAGGAGAUUGCUUGUGCAUUCUGCUACCCAAGUGGUACAAGUUGUGAACAAUGGAGAACGGGUAUUAACGGGACCAGCCAUGAAGAAAUUGGAGAUAAUUCAACGAACAAAUGAGGAUGGAGUGAGCAUUGUGAUUGACAGCAAGGGAAACAUAGAGGCAAUUGGCUUAGAUGGAGAGGUAAAGAAGACAUUCAAGAAUGCAACAUAUGAGAAAACAAUUGAUGCCACAGGGAUGAGUAUCAUACCAGGUCUGGUUGAUGGUCAUACACAUCCAGUGUGGGCAGGAGACAGGGUGCAUGAGUUUGCAAUGAAGCUGGCAGGGGCAACCUAUAUGGAAGUGCAUGAAUCAGGAGGAGGCAUUCACUACACAGUAGAACACACAAGGAAAGCUACUGAAGAUGAACUAUUACAUAGCUUGAAGUCAAGAUUAUGGAGAAUGCUCAAAUCAGGUACAACACUGGUAGAAUGUAAAAGUGGGUAUGGUCUGAAUGCAGACACUGAAAUUAAGAUGUUGCAAGUCAUAGAAAGAGCAAAGAGGAAGGUGCCCAUAGAUAUAUCCUCAACAUAUUGUGGGGCACAUGCUGUCCCAAAAGGUAGUUCAGCCUCUGAAGCUACAAAAGAUGUAAUUGAUGUCCAAAUUCCCCGCAUCCACAAACUCAUGCAGGAGGAGAAACUACACGUUGAUAACAUUGAUGUAUUUUGUGAACUUGGUGUAUUCAAUGUUGAACAAACUAAACAAAUAUUGGAGGCUGGAAAAAAUAUAGGAUUACAAAUUAAUUUCCACGGUGAUGAACUACAUCCAAUAAAAUCUGCUGAGAUGGGAGCAGACUUAGGUGCUACAGCUAUUAGCCAUUUAGAGGAAGUCUCAGAUCUUGGGAUUGAGAAAAUGGCUGAAAGUGGAACCAUAGCAGUGAUUCUUCCAACAACAGCAUAUAUUUUACGUUUAAACAAUCCACCAGUCAGAAAAAUGUUGGCAAGUGGUGUCGCUGUUGCUCUCGGCAGUGAUUUUAAUCCAAAUGCAUAUUGUUUAUCAAUGCCUUUGGUGAUGCAUCUAGCUUGUGUAAAUCUACAUAUGACAAUGAACGAGGCUCUAGUAGCGGCAACUCUCAAUGCAGCAGCUUCUGUUGGUAAAUCUAGCACGCACGGGUCACUCGAGGUUGGCAAAUAUGGAGACAUGGUCAUCUUAGAUGAGCCAAAAUGGGAGAAUAUGAUAUAUCAAUUAGGAGGACAUAAUCACGUGAUAAAACAUGUCAUAAAACAAGGGAAAGUUGUUGUCUGAAGUGAAGGAAAAGUGAUUCACAGAAUUGUGCAGGAAAAGUGAUUUUCUGAAUUAUGAAAGAAAAUUGAUUUUCUGAAUUAUGAAAGAAAAUUGAUUUUCUGAA